AUGACAACAGAGGCAAGUGCGGUGAGUGAGGCGGACACUGAGGGCAAGCAGAAGACGAGUGGUGCUGAGCCAGAGCCUGAACCAGAGAACAAGCAGAAACCAGAGGCGGCAGCAUCCGAGCCAGAGGGGGAGCCUUCAAGCAAGAAGGCCCAGGACCAGGCCUCCGAGCCUGCGACUGCUGACGCAGCGACCUCCCCUGAGGAGGAGCAGCUGAAGCCUCGUACUCGGACCUCAGCUGGCAAAGGCCUAUCUCGCCUCUUCUCCUCUUUCCUCAAACGUCGCUCGCAGUGCUCUGAGGGAGAGGGGUUCGAGGCAGAGAAAGUGAGGGAGGAAAAGGAAGACAAAGAAGAAAAAGCUGACAAGACAGAAGAGAAGACAGAGGGAGAAGUGAAAAGUGAAGAGAAGGAGGCUAAAGCAGAAGAGGAGAAAUCAGAGGCAAAAGAAGUAAAAAAGAAAGAAGAGGAAAAAGUUGAGCAGAAAGAGGAGAAAAAGAACGAAGAGGAGAAAGUUGAGAAAAAAGGCAGUAAAAAGAAAAAGAAAGACGCCAAGAAGAAAGUAGACAAAAAGGAUGAGGAGAAAGUGAAACAGGAGGAGGAGGCAAAGGAAGGUGAAAAAGUGAACAAAGAGGAACAGAAAGAGGAUGAAAAAGCCCAACAGGCAGUAAAAAAGGAAAAGGAGGAGGAAAAAACAGACACAAAAGAAGAAGAUAAAAAUGAGGCUGAAGAAGUAGAAGAAAAGGAGGCAGAAGCUGAAAAGAAAGAAAGUACAGAGGGGGAACAUAUUGACAAGAAGACUGCAAAAAGAAAAGAAAAGGAGGAAAAAAUAAAGAAGAAAGAAGAAGAAAAAGCCAAGAGGAAAGCAGAGGAAGAAGAAAAGCAAAAGAAGAAAGAGGAAGAGAAAGCAAAAAAGAAGGAGGAAGAAAAGACAAGAGAGGCCGAAAAAGCAAAGAAGAAAGAAGAGGAAAAAGCAAGGGAGGCCGAAAAAGCAAAGAAGAAAGAAGAAGAAAAGGCCAAAAAGAAGGAGGAGGAAAAAGCAAAAGAAGAAGAAAAGACAAAAAAGAAAGAGGAGGAGAAGGCAAAAGAGGAGUCGAAAAAGAAAGAAGAGGAGAAAGUGAAAGAAGAGGCAAAAAAGAAAGAGAAGGAAGAGGAGAAGAAGGAAGAAAAACAAAAGAAGGAGGAGGAUAAAGGGAAGAAAAAGGAGAAAGGGAAGAAUAAGGGAAAGAAGGAGGCGAAAAGUGAGGAGCAGGUGAAAGCGCCCAUCGCUGCUCCUGAGCCUGAGCUGAAAACUGAGCCAGAAGCUGAGCAAGCUCCAGAUCAGCACUCGAUAAGCAGUGCAGAGACACAGGUGAGGAUGAAACACACGGAUGUUAGACCAGUACCACAUCUCUACUGCCCACCACAUCCAUGUCGUUCAGAUACUCAAGGUUCCAGCCAGCAGCCACUUAGCUUAGCUGAGCAUUAGGAGUAGAUCAGGAGAAACAGUGAGCUUGACUUUGUCUUAGGGUAUCAAAAUACACCUAACAGCAUCCUUAAAGCUCUUUAAUUGACACCUACCAUCUCGUCUCUUUAAUCUGUACAAAAUCUCAUCUGUAGAGAAAACAAAUAAUAGUUUCUCAGGGGAUUAUUUGCCAGACUAUUUCUUGGUCUGGUGCAGGGAGUUCCUGCAGUCUGGCUGGUUGCCAAUGUGAUAACAAGAUUUUCGGUAAUAUCUGCUCCAGGCCAGGAAAUAGUCACGCACAUUAAGCGCAGUUGUAAAAAUAAACAGAAAACCCUACGUAUUAUUGUGCACUUUUGAUUUGCAGUUUCAAUAGAUCUUGAGCAUGGUUGUGAAAUAAUUAAUGAGCUUUUUUAGCGCAGGUUGACAGAUUGGAUUUUGCUCUCCUCAAGCUUUUAUGAUCAGUUGGCUUUGGAUCCAGUUAAACGCUCCAAAAAUACAUGUCUGUUAAUGUCAUACCUCUGCUUUAAUCGAAAAAGGAUCAGGAGGAGACUCAGAAAUGGUCACUAUCUCAAAUGCUGCUCCAGUUAAAGGUCAGAAACAGAGUUUGAGUGUAGUAAAGGGAACACAUGUUUCUUUUUCUGUAAUGAAUUUUUUAUGAUGUGGACAGCUUGGACAGCUUGCUCAGCAAAAGUAACCCUGCUGGUUUGAGCUGAAAGCUUGAUCUGAAAAAAAAAAAGAGAGGGUCCAUACUGCUCUGAACUCUCUCUCUGUAGUUGGAUUCAUUAAAAUGCUUUCAUCACUUAUAUGUACAGUGUGUUCUGCCUCUUUCUUUUCAUCUUUAUUUAACAUACUUUGCAAAUUUCUCAUGUUGACUCUUCCAGCAAGCUCAAGAGGAACACAAGGACGAAUCCUCAAUAAAAAAGGAGCCCGAAGCAGUGAAAGAAGUUGAAGAAGAGGACGCAGACAAAAAAGAAGAGGAACCUGCCGAACAGACGGAAGAAGUGAAGGGAGAGGAGAACGCCAAGGAGGUGUCAAAGAAGGAAAAGACUGUGAAAGAUAAGAAAACAGAGAAGAAAGCAGACGAGGGAAAAGGCUCCAAGCGUCAGAAAACCAUGCACUGCAAAGUCACCUUACUGGAUGACGCUCAGUUUGAGUGUGAGCUGGAUGUAAGCGAUCUAAGAGACUACCUUAUGUCAUGAAUAUCGCUUGUGUCAAAGAUUGAUGUACUUUUGUCAGUUCAUUUACAUUCCCCCUCGAUCUGUCUGUGUCUCUUACUUGUGUAGAAACAUGCCAAAGGCCAAGAGCUUUUGACAAAGGUCUAUGACCAUGUCAACCUGUUGGAGAAAGACUACUUUGGCCUCGCUCACUGGGAGACCCCAACAAACAAAGUGAGUUGUUUUUUAACUACCCUGCAAAUGCAUUUUGACAUUAAACAGGCAAGAAGCCUUUCAGUAAUACUUGAGUUCCUUUAUUUUCUGCAGACCUGGCUGGAGGCAACCAAAGAGAUAAGAAAACAGGUUCCAGGUGCUGUUUAUGAGUUUACAUUUAACGUGAAGUUCUACCCGCCUGAUCCAGCACAGCUCACCGAGGACCUCACUAGGUAAAUAUUUAAUGUGUUUAAAGAACUUUCCCACAUCUGCUGUAAAUGUGCUUAUUUCUGUUGUGCUGACUGUUUUUCCUCAAUCUUUUUCAGGUACUUCCUGUGUCUCCAGCUUAGGAAAGACAUCAUGCUUGGUGUGCUCCCCUGUUCCUUCGUUACGCUGUCCCUCCUGGGCUCAUACACAGCCCAGUCAGAGCUUGGAGAGUAUGACCCAGAGACACAUGGAACAGACUACGUUAAGGAGCUGAGCCUGGCCCCGGGACAGAGCAAAGAGCUGGAGGACAAGGUGAUGGAGCUGCACCGCACAUACAGGUAAUAUAAGUCAGUGACCAUUGAUUGAAGAAAGACUGUACGUUUGCUUUUCUUCUGCUUUGAUUCAGUUUGACGAUGACAGUAGACAUGUAGUCUGUGUGUAAGGAACCGUUAAUGACAGACUGUUGGAGGAGUCCUUCAUAUAAUCAAUAAACAGUAAAACACACGACAUACCUUUCUUAUCUGUGUUUUCUCAGGUCAAUGAUUCCAGCACAAGCAGACAUGUUGUUUCUGGAAAAUGCCAAGAAACUCGCCAUGUAUGGAGUUGACCUGCAUCAGGCCAAGGUAAGUUUGUGACCUGCAGAUCAGACUCUUUUCAUCAAUGUUAAAAGUCUUUUUUACAGUAAUGUGACAGAGUAUAUACUGACUGUUUUGUUUAUUGAAUUACCAUAAAAUCACUUUUGCAACAAAAUGAUGGUUUUAAAUCAGUUGCUGAUUUUUAAUUACAAAAUUGAUGUCAACCUCUGUUCAGAAAAAAAAGAGAGAUUAAUAAUUUUUUGAACUCCAUGACCUCGAAAUCCCGGUCCUCAUACUGUGAGGAAGUCUGCCGCCCAGUGACCGUUCUUCGUAAGUGCAGAGUGAGUGAGACGAAAUAUCAUGGCUGCUCACUGUUGUUGUGCCCGCAGGAUCUGGAUGGUGUUGAUAUCACACUGGGGGUUUGCUCCAGCGGUCUGAUGGUUUACAAGGACAAGCUGAGGAUCAACCGUUUCCCCUGGCCCAAAGUGCUUAAGAUCUCCUACAAACGCAGCAGCUUUUUCAUCAAGAUCCGUCCAUCUGAGGUGAAUACAAAUGAACAUUCACUUGAGUUUUUGGAUUAUUUUUGAGUCUACAUUUAGCUAUCAACAGAAACAUAAAUAGUUGUAUUUAAUUAAUAGCUGUUCCCUCAUUUAUUAUUAUGACUUUACUACAUUAGACUCAAACACAGGUUGUAUGUCAUUUUACACUGGAUGUGAAGUGUAGUUGUCUAUUCCAAAAAGACAUUGUAUGAUGUUAAGCUAAAUAAACUUUAAAAAUGUACAACUAAACUUCAGCUUGAUGGUAUACACAUUUAAGCUGAUAUUUAUUAUUUGUGAAGAUUGAUAGGUUUUAAAGUAUGUUGACUCGCCCAGCUCUAAGUUGUAGUACAUCAGGUUUUAUGUUCUGUACCAGAACAGUGUCGUCAAAAUAAUGAUACCUUAUUAACAACUGAGUGGAUGUUUGUUUUCUUCACCUUCAGCAAGAGCAGUAUGAAAGCACGAUUGGCUUCAAACUGCCCAACUACAAAGCCUCAAAGAAGCUGUGGAAAGUUUGUGUGGAACACCAUACCUUCUUCAGGUAAGUCCAGGUCCUUCUUGCCGUACUGUGAAUGACACUUCCUUCUUCGCAGAGGUCAUUCUCAGGUUCUGUCUUACCCUGAGAUAAUUGGCUCACUGGUCUCUGCAGCUUAAGCCCUAUAUUGGCUCGCUGGCAGUUUAACUAGAGAGGAAGAGCUACGUGUCCGUGGUCCUGACCUUAGAAUUAAACCUCAAAGGUUGUUGCUACCUAAUAAAGGUCAGAGUGGUUGCUAUCCUUGUUACAUAACAUUGACGACUUUAAGGGAAUACCAAAUCCUAUGAUGUCACAUGAGUAAUGCUGCGUUUGAGUUACCUCGGAAGUCAGAUGUCGGAGCUGACAAUGACGUCACACCCAAGUUCCCAGCGUUUCAGUUACCAAGUCGUAACAAAGCAAAAUCGGAGGCGAGGUUUUUUAGCGCUUGCCUUAUAUUCAGACAUGGCAAGCACUAAAAUAACUUUCCUGGAUGUAGCCAUCUUGUUUCCGCCUCUGAUUUUGCUUUGUUCUGACUUGGUAACUGAAACGCUGGUAACUCGGGUGUGACUUCAUUUUCUGCUCCGACAUCUGACUUCCGAGGUAACUCGAACGCAGCAGUAAUCUGUAUUUGAGUUCCUGGAACAGUGGGUUUGUUACUUUUAAGAGUAAAAAUUAAAAAGUGUUUGUCUUUUUUUUGGUGUCCCUCAGGGUUCCCACAGUAGAGCCCCCGUCAUCGCGCCGCUUCCUCGUCUUAGGAUCUAAGUUUCGGUACAGCGGACGCACUCAAGCUCAGACCCGCCAGGCCAGCUCCAUGAUCGACCGCCCUGCUCCUCGUUUUACACGCUCUGCAAGCAAGAGGCUGUCUCGUAACCUCGACGGAGGUAAGAACAAGCGUGAACCCAUGUGGGAAUCCCGUUGUCCCUGUAUAUCUUGUGAUAAAAACACAGUUUAAAUAUCUGCUCAAUGAAACGCUUGCACUUGCAGCUGGAGAUGAAACUCUCCAGCUCCUGCAGCUGCUCUCAGCACCAGUCAGGUCUGAGGUUGAUGAUUGGCCGCUGAUGCUGACAUCUGACCAACCCAGACUUUCUACUGAAUUCUCAGGUACCAGGAACUGUGUGAAGCUGCAUCUGUGCUUUCCGCCAUAUGUGCAGCCUUAUCGCCUCAUUGAACAUGCUCAUCUGUACUUGCUCAUUUGCUUUAAUGCUGGAAAAUGAGUCAUAAUGAAACUGCGUCUCAGCUGCAGCAUUCGCGUUAGCUGAACUCUUCUUGACUUGUGGGCAAUAUCACCCAUUUUGUACCCUCCCUGGCUUGAUUCUUGAGUGUUUUUGGUCACGGAAGAGGAAAUGAGUAUCUUCACUUCCAGUCUUGAGGCUGCAGUUUCUGAUUUUUUGCUAAUGUUACAGUUUCUGCUUGACAUAUGUUGCUUAAUCUGCCUUCAGCUUGCACCUCUUAAAUUCAGCGCUUUAACCGACCAACGCAUCAGUGACAUUAAAACAAGAUAAAGCUGGAUCACUGAAAAGACAACACCAGUUUUGCUUUGUUUAUCUGCUCUCGUUCUGCAGAAGCAGAGGCAUCUCUCAUACAGCUCUUUACUAACCUCGUCUUGCUGGACUCACAGAAGUUGAGUACAAAUCCCUGGCAUCUGGCUUUGUUGAAGAAACUUGCUCGAAGCGCUUUGAAGCAUUCACACACACUGGCCGCGGUUUCUCCAGCAGAAUCAUUACAUAACUGCCAUCACCUCAUCAUCUCUUCACAGCUGGGGGGGAGUCUGAGCAGACUUCUAUUCAGUCCUGGGAGGAGGGACAAUCUGCUCAAACAGUCAGGGUGACACGGCAAGACACUGAGACCAAGCAGACCAACUCUCAGACAGUCGCUGAGACUGAGCUGUUAUCAGGGGAGCAACAGCAGAGGGGAAAGGAAGACUCGUGGUCUUCCUCCUUCCAUCGCCAUCCUCCUUUUCCUUUUGUCCCGCCUUUUGAUUUUGUGAAACAGCCAGGUAUUUGCACUUUCAGGAUAUUUAUUAUCAUAAAAUCUGACCCUGGAAAACCGAAUCUUUCGCUUUGGCUUUAGUUAAAAAAAGAUGGAGUGCUUGAAAUCUAUUUUACUGCAACAAUCUUUCACCUUGCGAAUCAAGUCGUAAAUGUAUCCACAAAUGUGCUGCUCCUGCACCUCAUUUCAUAGUAUUACCAGUUAGAUUUGUAUGUUGGUUUCCUCAUCCAAUACUAAAAUUGUCGCUGUUAUUUUCUAAUGUCAGCUAAGCUCAGCUUUGCAAAAAGGAGCUCUGUGGACAGACUGAUGCAAUUAACGACAGCACAGCAAGAUGAUUGGUUCAUUUACUUUGACCGUAUUCUGCGCCCUUUCUCCCCUGAGCCUGUUGACAAACCAAGUGAGUUACCUUGUGUGGAAAUAUGACCUUACUUUUGACCCUUUUAAUAUUUGAAUUCCUUUUGUGGCUCAUUAACUCUCUGUUUAUACCCUCUCAGCCCCCUCUCUGGUUCAGUCUGAACUCCGUGAGGAAGAUGAGCAGGUCAUGUAUGAAUUGGAGCAGGAACAGAGCAAAGAGGAGACCAUUAACAAGCUUCAGGGAAUGGUGGUGUUGGUGGACAAGGUGAUAGAGACUGAAGUCUUGCAAAGUAAGCUGAGGGAGGUGAGAGGUUUCGAGGAAGGGCUUCAGGAAGUGGAUGAGAUGGCAGAGAGACUCCAGGGAGUUAUAGAAGAAGUACUGGGUAAGGAGGAGGUUGAAACGUUAAGAAAGGAAUCAGUGGUGAAGAAAUCACAGAGGAGAUUAGAGGUAGCUGAGGGUGAAGAAGUGGAUGAACUGGAGGAACAGAUAGUGGAGGUGUUCCUAAAAGACAUGCUGCCUGAGGAUGAUGAGGUAAAGCAGGAGACUGAGAGAGAGGUCAUCAAGAGGGAUGGAUUGGAGGAGGACUUUCAAGAGAAGUUACAGCUGAUUGAAACAAAAUGGACGGAGAAAGUGGGUGAAGUUAAAAUCAAGCAGGAGACUAAAAUAGAGGUCAUCGAGGGAGGAGAGCUGGAUGAAGACUUGAGAGAAAAGCUACAGCUGAUUGAAAAAGAAUGGAAAGAUAAAGUGGAGGCAGUCGAUACCGAGCAAGAGACUAGAGUAGAGGUAGUCAUAAAAAGUCAGCUGCAGAGGAUGGAGGAGGAAUCCAAGGACACAUUGGUUACCAAGGAGGAAACUAAAAUUGAGGUAAUCAAGAAAGGGGAGGUAGAUGACGCCAUGAUGGAGGAGUUACAGCAAGAAUGGAAAGAGGAAUUGGGUCUCACUGAUGGUGCCUCUGCUUACCAGAGAGUUGAGCGUAGGGUCAAAAGGAAAAGAGUGACUGUUGUAGAUGAGAGAGAGGUGAAACAGGGAGACAUGGAGGAUGUGAUAUCAGGGGAGAGGCUAGAAAUAGAGGGAACGUGGCAAAAGAUAGAGAUCCAGGAGACAACCGAGAGGACAGUCACAGAGAGGCUCCAGGUUUGGGAUGAACCUGAGGUGGCAGAGAAGGAUGACUGGUUCAUACUGUUUAACCGCCCUCCAUAUACAGCUGUUGUCAGACCACCAGGUACAGUAUGAUUGUGUACAAGCAGGCUUACACCAAGACUAAAGUUUCCUCUCAUGAAUUUUGCAUUUAAAGAGACUACUAGAUAUACUAACAGGCUCCGCUCUUCAUUGUCCUUCUGUUUAGUUGUUGUUUAUGCUGACUAAUCCAUAAACAAAGCUGCGUACAGUCGUAACAAAACAGCAAAAUCAACAUACAUUUGAUUUUUUUUUUCUCCCACUCAUCAUUAGUUGUGACCGUGGAGCGUGCUCAGGUUGAUGAAGGCGAGUAUGUAACCACGGUGACUGAAAUUACGACCCUCAAGGUGACAACUGAGAUUUCAACCCUUGAGGUAGAAUCUGAGUUAAAAACUCUCGAGAAAGAAACUGAGAUUACGGUAGAGGAGAAGAGAGAAAAAGAAGAAGAAGUGUGGCUCGCUCCAGCAAUUCCCUCACAGAAGACCAUCAGAGAGAGGGAUGAUGACUGGUUUGUGCUGCUGGACAUUAUUCCCAGAGAAACGCUUUAUGUACCUCCAGGUAUCCUUGUCGCACUGGCUCUCUAUUGCUUUUUUUUGUGUGUUGCUAAUCCAGAGUGCCCAAGUGUCACUCACUGCUCAUGUCUCUCCUGACUUUCCUCCCAAUCAGUUAAAAGAGACAUGCCAGAUGCAGAAAGUUUUGUCUCUGUGGUCCAAACUGCAGCCGUGAAGGAGAUUAGAGAGGUAGUGUCUGAAGAGGGAAAGAUAAUCGAAGAGGCACAGAGAGAUCUCCAAGUAAUCCCACGACAGCCUGUGACAGGCAGAGACGAUGACUGGUUUGUGUUGCUGAAUGUUGUUCCCAGAGAGACUUCAUAUGUUCCACCAGGUAGGGCUGAAAUAAAGCCUUUGUGCUGCUCUCACAGCUUCAUCAAAGCAAGCAAUUAUCCUGAGCUUUUCAGACAUCUUAUCCCUAAAUCCCUCUGCACUGUCCACAGUGGCUGAGCAUGUUUAUCUCUUUUUGUUUUAGCUGCUGGUGCAGAGCGUGUUGAAGUGUCUCCAGAAGGCCGCGUCUCAGUGGUUGAAGAUACUGUUGAAAAGAGGGAGAGAAAAUUGGAAGUUGUUGUAGAAGAGGUUGAAAAAACACAAACACAGAGUGAAAUUCAAGCAGUAACACUUCCACAGACUGUGAGUUUGACAGAAGAUGACUGGUUUGUGCUGCUUGAUUACCUGCCCAGAGAAACAUCAUAUGUGCCACCAGGUAUUAUUGACUUCCUUUCAAAUCCUCCGGUUUAAAAGCUUAUUGUCAGUGUCUAACAACAAACCUUCAUUUUUUUCUGUCAUUAGUUACUGUGGCAGAGGAUUUCCAGAUUUAUCCUGAAGAAAGCACCCAAGUUGAAACUUUAACUGUAGUGUCUACAAAGAUGGUUAAAGUAGAAGAGACUGUGGUGCAGAGAGAGGACGAGAAGCUUAUUUCAGAGCAGAAAUUAUUCAAACCAGUGAUAGAAAGAGAUGACGACUGGUUUCUUCUGCUGGAUGUUCUUCCUAGAGAAGUUACCUAUGUGCCUCCAGGUACCUGAGUCCUGCAGGAUUAUGUAUAUGUCAUUAUUUUAAGGCUUUGUCUGAGUAUUUCCUUUGAAUGAAGUUUGAGUAAAAAUUCUUUGUUUACAGUUUCUUUGGCAGCACCAGUUCAAAUCCUGUAUCCAAGAAUUCAACCUCAAUCUGAAGUGAUAAGCACAGAGCAAAAGUUGCAGCGGGUUGAAUUCGAGCAGAUUAGACCGCAGCCUACACAGCCUCUGCUAGUGAGAGACGAUGACUGGUUUGAGCUGUUUAAUGCUGUCCGUGAAGAGACAGUCAUAGAACCAAGAGGUAUUUAGCUCAUAUUCGUCUGCACUACGUGGUCACAUAUUUUCACAAAGUUUUUAAAGCUCCUGUGAGGCUUUCUGUUUGUUGAUUUGGUGCCCCCUGUGGGAAGAUUGGUAACUUAAACCAUUUUGCAGGAUUGUUCUGCACCUGGAUGAACUGUUUCUUUUUUUUCUUUUUUUUUUUGACCAAAAAAAAUAAUCCCACUUCAUUUGAAUAUCCAAAAGUAUCUCUCUGUAAUAAUCUUUGCUGGAGAAGAUGCAGGAAAAAAAAGGCUGUUUUGGCAGCAUUAUGUUGGUCACCCUGUUUGACACAAACCCUGUGCCAGCGUUUGAAGCCACUGAAAAUAACUAUAUGGAAUAUUUCACAGUUGUUUUUUUUUUUUUCAAAGGCCAUAAAAAGGCAUGGAUGUUAAUUUCAAUCUCUUUGAUAAUCAGCUAAGAACCAUUCACAGGAGCUUUGAGAUACUCAUGGUAAUUUACACUUGGAUGUGCUUAUGUGGCUCCGCGUGUUGAUUCUUGUGUGUCUUUGGUAGUCAUUCCUGGAAAGAUUGCUCCGUAUAUAAGGACGUCAUUGGAGGCUGAGGUGAAAACCACUGAGACCACAACAUGGAAGAAGACGAUAAUUAGUGUGGAGAUCAGGCAGGAUGAGACACGUCUGUCUGAAAUUAGACAAUACCAAAUGACACCAACGUCAGAGAGAGAAGGUAGAGAUGAUUGGUUUAUCCUUUUCGACCGCAUCUAUGAAAAACCCGCUUUCAUUCCAAGAGGUACAUUUCAUUGCCGCGGACUCUACUUAUACUAUGCAAUAAAAAGUUUGACUGUACAGCUUAAAAAGAUCAAACAAAAACUGAGGGUUGAACUAUUUGCAUCAGAUUUAUUUACUCACAUUUUCUCAAUCAGUGGCUCCGGUUGAGCGUUUUGUGGAUGUGGUUGCAGCUGCUGAACCAAAAUCAAAACCCUACAUGGAAGACUUUAGACCAGCUGUUAGGCUGACAGAGGUCGAACCACCAAAACCAAGACAGGUGGAUGAUGACUGGUUUGUUCUGCUGAGAGUCGCAGAAAAAGCACCAGGUAUUCUGUUGUUCCCUUAAACAGUCACAGAAAUAAGAUGGCAUCUGUUUGUGCUUCACAGCCUGAAAUUUCAUGAAUGAAUUUGACAUAAAUUAAGUCGAACUGUGCAUCGGCUAAGAAAAGUUUGUGUGCAUCAGUUUCUGUAGAUGAACGUCUACUCAGGCCUCCUGAAGUUAGACCAGCUGAAGUGUUUGUGGUGAAAGAGCGGAGGGUGCAGCAGAGAAUGGUGAUGGUGGAGGAGAGGUGGCAGCAGGAGAAGAUAGUGCUGCAGAAACCACGUGCAGCAGUGAGAGAGGUGGAAGAUGAUUGGUUCAUACUUCUGGAAAAACCCACCAAGAAAUCAGGUAUAAAAAAUGACUUGGUCUAGUUCUACCAAAGUGGAUUAUUUCUUAGAUUGACCGUUUUUACUUAGAUCUACAUUUAAAGUCUACUUCAGGUCAAAUACAAGUGACCUCAUAUCUUGAUUAGUUUCCACAAUAAUACCUGGUUGUGUAUUUGUAUUAGUCCCUGUCCCUGAACGCAUCCAGUUCCCAGCAGAGGUGAGAGCUCCACCUGCUGCCGUCAAAACAAGGGUUACAAUUCCCAAGAUGAGGCCGCGGUUUGAGGAACGAAUCCUGGAGGAAAGGCGUCCGAUCACUAGCAGACAUGUCGAUGAUGACUGGUUUGUUCUGCUAGAUGUUGCCCAAAAGGAGUCAGGUAUUUUGUGUGUAUGGUUUGUUUUUGUUGCAGACUAAGAAGCUCAUGUGCUUACUUUGCUAUGUGAAAUGCUUAUUAACACGUGUAGCAGGACACACUGACUUGUCUCGGCAUGAGACUUUGUCCACGAAUGGUAGCGCUGCUUCAUCAUCAUUCAGAAACCUCUGACCGUGCAGUUUAUGUCUGGCUGAAGAAAAACAGACAUUUUCUCCUUGUCACUUGAGCUUUUCAUCGAUGAGCUGCGUAUCUCACUGCCUAACAUCGUCUUGCAUUCGCUACCUCCGUCAGACUUACAAGACCUACUGCUUUUUGCUCUUCUUCUGCUUUUGGACAUCUUCAGAUCCUCUGAAACAGGAACUGAAAGAAGUGAAUGAGGUACAGUAUACCCCUGCAGCGUGAGCAAUAUCAUGAUUUCUUGAAACUGUAAGUAUAGUGUGGCUCUUUGCACAGAUGCACUUUUGCUUUUCAGUUUGUUCCUGUGUUUAUCUGUGUCUGUGUCCUGUAAGAGAUCAUGAUUGUGUCACCUGUGUGUUGGAUUUUGUCUCACCUUGAGAUGAUUUGCAAGAAUCUAUUUCCUUGAGUUCACGUUUCCGUUUUGUCUGAUUUCUUUCUAGUGGUGAGCUUGCAGAGGGGCGCUCGUCCUGUCAGUGCUCCAGUCUUCUCCCAGGCUGCUCUGGCAGAGGCAGGCAUCCCCAUGGCUCCUCUGGAUCAGCUCCAGACCUCCACCCCUAUCAAGACCGGCCGCCUGGAGGAGAGGAGGCUGGAGGUCACUGUCGAGGCAGUGGAGCCCUCGAAAAUCGAGACAGUGGUUGAGGUCAAGGUAUUCAAAUUGUUGUUUCCUGCUGUAAUUGUUGUUAUUCUCCAUUUGCUUAUGUGUAGCUUAUGUGAGUGUAUAGACCACAAACACCCUACAGCUGAGCUGGUGCAAGCACAGGAUAAACAAAUCAUUUUUGAUAUGUCUUCAUAAAGAGUGUCUGGGUGUUGUGAUCAUAGAUAAUGAUAAGUUUGAAACAUAAAGGACUAAUGUCUUGCACACAAUGCUGAAGUAGUGAGCAGAGGUUGUUCUCUGUGUCUGAGUGUCAUCUGUGUCUCUCUUGCUGCUGUAGCCAGCAGUGUGGAGAAAGCAGAGAGAAGUAGACUCUUCACUGAUAACCACCAUCAAUGGGGAAAUUAAGGUUAGUGUCAGACACUGACCUCUAGUAUGUCUCGGCUUACAAGACUUGUUUCCUUUAAAUAGUUUAGAUGUGAGUGUUAAAGCCAACACCGCAGAGGAUGCUAACUGGUGUCCUUCUCUCCUCCCUUGGGUUAGCACGAGACCGUGAGCACGGAGGUGGUGCAAAUGCGAAAGGUCAGACUCUUUAGCCUCGUCUGCGUCUCCGUAGCCAUUUCUCUACCUCCAUUCUGAUAAUGUCAAGCUAAUCAUCCAAAAAACUAAUUUCACCCUCUUCUCAUGUUGUGCUUCCAUAUGGCUAGGCCUUAAAUGAAAUCGACAUCAGGUUCGAUGCUCAUACAGUAUACUUAAAGAGGUAGACAAAUGUAAAAUUAAUAAGUCAGUUGUCUCAUAAAGAGAUUCUUCAUUUUUAUUAUUAGAGAAUUGAUAAGGCAUUCAUUUCGUUUCAUUGCUUGCUGUUGUAAACACUGAAUGCACACUUGCAUGACUCUGUUUGAGGUGCACCUGACUAAAAGUGGCAUGUCGACAGGUGUUUCAUCACAUUUCUGUCACUCCACCAUUCUUUGUUUUGGUUUUAUGAUAGAAGUAGAAACCUAAAGUCGGCCGUAGGUUCUUUGCUUUGUAAGUACUCAGGAGUUUGGCCACUAAGGUCACAUAAUCCUGCAUGCAGACUCCUAACAGCUCUCCCUGUCUGUUGUAUUAACAGUAGUGAAUUUUGUAGCAUGCAUGUCUCUGGUGUGGCAGUUUGAUGCCAGCACACGGGGAAACUGAAACAAACCCACACUCUUUGUUCUUUUCAUUUUUCACAGAAAAAGAAAAUUGAGGGUGACACAAUUUAUAAAAGACAUAGCUUUUUUAUGUUGGAGGUUUGUAUUCCUUCCGGAGGUGUCAGUCUCUAUCUAUAUUUUCUUGCUCUUUGGCACACCGGCUGCUGUUUAAUAUCACGCUUGCAUGUGGCAUGAUUUGCACUAUCUGCGUCAGCUUAAUUGAUGGCUAUAGAUACACUAUGAAUGUUUGUGUGUGUGCGUAUGUGUGGCAGUGUAACUCUAAUCCUGUUGUUUCAGGAGAUUGCUGUUGAAUUUACCACAAAUAGGUGAUGGGUUUUGCUCAAGGUUCAGGAUUGAGACAGUUUUACCCCACAGCAUCCUAAAACUGUCCUUAAUGCUCUGGGAUGAGUGAAGCUUUUAAGGGGCUGUAAGGGUUUUUCAGAUCCCUUUUAACUCUUUCAGUCAAGGUGUACAGUCCUUUUUUUCUCCCCCAGAUCAUCAGUAUUCUCCUGGUUUUGCUUUUGCUAUUUCCACAUCCAUAUCAUAUUCUAACCUGCCAGUGACGCCCUGCACUUUCUCAGCUUUUAUGCACAUAAACUGUUUUGGCCAUAGCAGAAAUCUAAAUCUAAAUAAUCGUGUACAUUUGUUCUUGUUUAUUGAGACAUUUUUGGAGAAACACUUAACAUUAAGUUGCUCUUUGGCAUCAAAAAAAGCCAAAAAUCACUGUGAACAAACACUCAAUCUUUGGUUAAAUUGUUGUUAGAAGUACAUUUGGAGUAAUUAUCUUCCUCUUCUCAGAUCAACUUGAUGCUAAAUGUUGUUAAUCAGUGCUGUUUGUGUUGCUGUUGUUUAACCCUAUGAGAUAAACGGGUUCUCAUCUAUAGUGCAGCUUCAUCCUUGACGUUUUUUCUGCUGUUAUCACCUCUUCUGCUAUUUGAUUUGCAGCCUGUGUGUUCACCAAGUGUUUCACUUCAAGCCUAAUGCUAAAAAAUUAGCGGUCUAUAGUUAUAAACUCCAUAGUUUAUAGCUCCCGCCCAUGCAAGUGAUACCACCUUUGAUAAAUCACAGCACUGCCUCAUUGGAAUCUGUCCAUUUGAAGCCAAAGUCUUGUCUCAUCAAUCAGCUGCAAGACGGGAUCUUUAAUUUUGAAAAGGAGUUGCUGUUAAUCUAUCAAGGAUCCUCAUAGUUUGAUUACUUACAUCAAUGUCCCACCCUCCGCAAUUUGUGUUGCCUUACGAUCACCGAUUAAUUCUGCUUCUGCUUGUUUUUUAAUCUGCAGUAAUAAAACAACACAAAUUCUUCAGAAAGCAACCCAUUCUGACUUUUUUCCCCUUUUUUUCCAUUCUUUCCCAACUACAAACAUACCCCUCAUCUUCCCUUUCACCCUCCAUCCAUCAACUCUAAUGCCAUCCCGUACUUCGUAAAUUCCCCUCCACAUUGUUGUCUUCAUCCACCAUGGCCUCCCUCCAUCCCCCCUUCCCUCCUUCACACUCUGCCACGCUCUGUGUAGGAGUUUGAUAAGCCUCAAGAGGACUUGCGCAGGCAUCACGCCAGUAUCAGCGAACUCAAGAGGAACUUCAUGGAAGCCGCUCCUGAGCAGAAACCCAGCGAGUGGGACAAACGCCUUUCCACACACUCUCCUUUUCGCACCCUGGGAAUCAAUGGUCAGCCUCUGGCCAGUGCAGAUGGGGUAAGUCUUCAAUGGUGAUCACUCAACUUAUAAGUCCUUUCAGUCUGUCAGGAGCUAGAACAUUAAGCAAAUAUACAGAUAGAGUACAACACUGAGACUUUAAGUGAUGUGGUUAAAGCUAUAUUUAGAUGAAUGUUGUCUGCAUUGUUUUUUUGUUGUUGUUUUUUUUGGAUUGACAGUAAAACAUCCCUGCACUAUUGUGGACAGUGUGCAUGUGUUUGUGAUGGAACAGAAGAACCUGAAAUUCUUGCUAACAACAGAGCGUUUGAGUUAUUUUUAAAAGUGCAUCAAAGAGAAACUAUUUUUACACAAUGCUCAUGUUCAAACAAAAGAAUCUGACAGAAGAAGGGAUCAGGCUCUUCUCGUUGUCAUUCCUGGCUCUUCCAUGGCUGAAUGAGCUGUGUGUGCAUGUACAGACCUAUUCAAGGCUUUAGCAUAUGGUAUGCAGCAGCACAUGCAUGUGUAUGUGGAAUGCAGAUGGAUUCGUUGAAUAAGGUCUGUACUUUGGUUUAUUUCUAAAAAAAAAAAAAAAAAACGAUUGAUGUGUGUAAGGCAUCUUUGGGGACAGCUUGUCCCCUCUCUGAGAACACACUCUGGUUCACCUUAACUGCACUGGAUGCCUCUGUACGCUGACAUGUUUGUACUGCAUGACUGACUGACUGGACGAUCGGAGAUUACUGCAUGACUCAGAGUUGACCCUCAUGAAUUUCUGCACGCUCUGUCUCUGAGCAGAAUGAACUCUUCCCCCUCUUCAUUCAUUCGGAUCAUUUUUUGCUUUGUGCACUCUCACUUUCUCUGUGCAACACAUUUUUCGCUUCUGCUUUCUCAAAAGCCUCAGUUGUUUUCCAUGAGGAGACGAAGCCUCAUUCACAGUGGUAUCAGCAGUUUUUGCCCUAUAAAAGAUCAUGUGUGCAAUAAUAUCAGGAUUUCAGUGUAAAAAUGUCAAUAAUAUCAAACUAUCAUUGCUAAAGAAAAAGUAUGUUCCCCUUAUUAAAUUACUAAAGUAAUCCAGUGGUAGGGCUGGGCAAUAAACCGAAAAUUUACCGAUACUGAAAUUUACAACAUCAGUUUGCCCAUGUCAAUAUAUUUGGUGCCAAAAAAUAAAUAAAUAAAAGUUGGUUUUGGAUGUGUGUAGGUAGGCUUUGGUCUUAUGUCCCUUUAAGAUGCUGUUCUACAUCAGAGAUGUGAUUCCACCCCAUCCAGUCCGUAACAAAGAGGGAAAGACAGGUGAGGAGAUGGAGGACGGUUCAAAAGUUGUAGCGGCUAAAGCGGCAGCUGAAGCAGACGAAGUCAGUGUGGGAGGGGGUGAGCAGCUUGUGGAGUAGUUAUCAUCCAUUUAUCGUUAUCGAGGUGAACUGCUCAAUAUAUUGUGAUAUUGAUUUGAGGCCAUAUCGCCCAGCCCUAUCUAGUGGAAUAGAAACAUAAACCCACUCUGGCCAAGCCGCUGUCACAUGUAGAAACAAAUGUGAUCUGCCGAGGCUCAAUGGGCAUGCCUUUGGGCCAGACAUUAACUGAACUGCCACACAACUGUUUGGACCAGUUAGACUUUCACAUUUAGAGAGAAAUGCCUCCAAGUUUACCAUUUUGUCAGGACACAUUAGAGUGAAACUAAAAUCAAAGCAGAGGAGAUGAAUCAGGACAAAUAUGCAGCAUGUUAAAUGGAAGCAGUGAUUAUUGUGACACUGGUCAGAUGUUAUCUGCCUAAUGGGGUGAACUCAAACUGAUUUCAACGAGUUUGUCUUACUUCUCAAGUUAGAGGAAAUAUCUGUGAGAAAAGUAAAUGUUAAAUGUAACACCACAAAAUGCUGGUCGACAAGGUUUCCAUGCUUUUGCGGAAUUGGUCCUGCUGACUCAAAUUAGACAGAGCCUGCAGUUAGUUGUGCAGGUAGCAAAUAUAGGCUGAUUAAGCACCUGUAAUUAGUUUCAAUUCUAGCAGCCUUUAGUCUGAUCAAAUCUCAUUAACACACAACAAAACACAGCACUGCACAGGGUGCUGAACUGAGCGUCAGCUGUAUUUCAUUCUUCAGUGACGGGCUCAAAGUCGUUCUGACUAACCCAGAUAGUUGCUCAAAAAUUUGUUUUUUGAUUUAUUUAUUUAUCUAUUUAUGUAUUUGCUUUGAAUCGUGAUACUGCAAGAGGGAAUGACCUUCUGUCUUUUCAGAAGGAAUCAGUUCUUGGACAUGGAAAAUACAUGAAUGCAUGUUAAAAUGCAUGUGUGAACAUUUUCAUGCUCCAAAUGGCAGUAAUUACGACCAGGUUUCAUUUCUGUCAAAUAUAGCUGUUAAGCUGUUGUUUGUUGCUUAAUUAUUGCUGUUAACGCUCAGUUUAUUUGAGGUCAUUGCAAGCAUUUCAAUAUUCCUCCCUCUCAUCUCUUCUUCCCUCCUCCUCCUCCUCCUCCUUCUUCCCCAACUCCCCCCAGUUUGUCAUCCGCCUCCCCCGCGGCCCCCUGCUAGACUUCUACUCCAAGCGCAGCUGAGGGGCCGUCUCAACCCUGCGGAGCUCCCACACAGGUGUGAGUGUGACCCGUGGAGACCGCGCCUAGUCCAUCUAUACCCAUCAGCCUCUAGCUUUCUCUUCUCUUCCUCUCCUUCCUUCGCCUCCUCUUCAACAUCACUGUAGCUUUCUUCAUCUCCCAUCCUCUUCUCCACUCGAGAUGCUGCCCUCUUUUCUCUGGCUUCUAUGGAACAGGACUUUUCCUCUUUCUGUUUGCUGCUUCGGCACAAUUGACCUUAUUUCCCCUGCCAGAAACUGACUUGCUCUCCAGGACUCUUAGGACUGGAAAUGACAAUCAUCAAACUACUCUUUUACAUAUUUGUGAUGUCUUUUGGACUUUGAACCAACCUGUAUUACCUACUGACUUUUAUCUGGAGGUUUUUAAUGUCUGACCGUAUCACUUUGAGCUGCUUUUAUACACACUUUGAGGUACAUUUAUAUGUUGGUUGUCCUGGAUGAAAUGAUCACUGUGAUGACAUUUUUGAGAAUUUAUUUCAACACAUAAAGUAAGCACACUAGAAAUCAGCAGUCUUCUUACUGGAAAAUGUAUCAGUGUCACAAUCUAGUAUGUCCUGUGACGGUAGAUCUUGAGGCAGCUUUAUUGUAAACUUCUUAAUAACCUCUUUGUCCUGCACCAGUAUUUGGCGAGGCAUUAUGUAGCAAAUGCAAACGUUUCCUUGUUGCAUGACUUUUUGACAAUCAACUUUGACCAAAGAAUAAAAGCCAUUCCAUAUACAGCAUAUUACCAUUGUUUGUUCCUUUCAAGGACCCUGAAAUUAUGCAGCUUAGGUUUCACUCAUUUAUAUUUUUAAAAACUGUACGGCGGCAGCAGUGAGGAGCAUGCCUGUUUUUUCAAUUCUAGAUCACUAGUAAAGAAAAUGAGAAAGUGCGCUUUGGUAAUGACAGGAUAUACAUCCUUUGAAGUUAAGCUGAGGCUUUAAAACAGAGCCUUGUAACAUCUAUUACAGCGUGCAUGAUCUGAAUAUUGUUUACAUUAUAUCCGUAGUUUUAGGUUUUAAACAUGGAUGCCUUUUUACUGAAGGGAUAUUCCGGCGUAAAAUUAAGUCAGGGUCAAACACACUGUAACACAGAGUUAGACACCCCCUCGAGAGAUGAAUGUUGCCAACCGCCUGCUUCUCUAGUUAUACCAACUUUAGUAACGACCACACAAUAGCAAUACACAGCAGUCUGAGGAGCCACACACAAAACUCAACCAAAACACCACUCUAUAGCCACAAAUAAUGUCCAGAACAGCACCUAACUUCAUCAACAGUACAUAUAGAGUCCCAGCCACAGCACUAGCCACCAAACAUCUUUUUAGCUUUGCCUGAUUUCUUUAGCAAAGAGACUGAACACAACUCACCAUCUCUCUUCCAGCAGCCACUUGUUUGUAGGAAGACCUUAGGUGAGUCCAUUACCACAGCGGGAUGACGCAGCUCAAGGAAGAACAUUUAUGACAUUUAUGAAGUUGGUAUAACUAGAUAAGCAAGCAGUCGGUAACAUUAGUCUCUCGACAGGGUGCCUAACUUGGUGUUACGGUGUGUUUGACCUUAACUUAAUUUUACACCGGAAUAUCCUUUUAACAGUUAUGAAUAUGAGUUAUCAUUCAUCGCAUGUCAGAUUGAAAAAUACCUGGCCUCCCAUAUUCACAUGGUGACUGUGUGUGUCUACUUUUAGAGAGUGUGCAUUAGUCCCGUUUGCAAUGGCUCAGAAACAAAGACGACACAUGUGGAAACCAGCAGCAGCAGCAGCGUUGGCUUUUCAGCUAAGCCAAGUCCCACUGUGAGCCACAGGAGUGAGCCUGAUAAUGUCGAAGGGCUCCAGAGUGAUCCGCUUGAGGAAGAGUCAUGUGAUCAGGAGGAGGUCAUAGUGUUUGAGACCUCUCUGCUGCCCAUUGUCGAGGUGGAGAGGACGCAGCCGUUGCCCUCCCUUGACCCCUGCUGUAGAGCUUUAAAUGAGACCCUGGAGGAAGAAGGAUCAAAUCCAGAGGUGUUGGAAAGCUCUGGGAGGAUAGUUGGAUCCUCCCAAGCUUCUUAUUUCAAGAGCGAUGGUCCUCAGGUCAUACGCUGCUUCCAGGUAGCUUCUUGACCCUCCCAGGGUGACACUGACUGUCUCUGCUUGUCCUCUGUAUAAUCAUUAGCCUGCCACACUUGCUCACACCUUUGCAGCACGGGCACAGUUCAACAAGAUGUUAAUGUUAAGACAACAUACUGUAGUUGGUGUGUUUUCAAUCAUGCUUAUUCUCAAAUGCAGGUCUGGUUGCUGCAGAAGUGUUGCACAAUGGUGUGCUGAGGUCUUGAUUAUGGUGAUGGGUUGCUGUAAAACUAGGACAUUCCUCUCUGCAAUAACAAUGACUUCACUUUCAUCAUCUUUGCUUUGUAAUUUCAAUUUUCUUUUUUCUUUGGCUGCACUUGGUGCUGGGGAGUUGAGCAAAAGUUGGCCUUGUUUCAAAAAUAAAACCUGAUCGUUAAUUAAUAUGGUGCGAGGGGCUGUUGCAGUGCUAAUCAAUCCACACUUAGAUGGACUGCAUGGUGUGGAUUUGGUUGCUGUGAGGUGCCAAGUGUCUGGUUUAAGAGCCACUCAUGGGGCUAUGCUCCCAUCCACAGCCCCCUCUGGUGCAGACCCAAACAGUCACCAUCACUGCUGUCUCCAACUCCUUAUCCAGUGGCAUCUCCACCACAGAGGUUCCUGUCGUCCCCACCAAGACCUUCAUCUAUGAGUCAUCAAAGGUAGGAGCCUCUAGCACCUGCCCAGCCCAGAUCUGUCUCGUCUGUAGUUAAUCUGAGACUAUAGAGCAAACAGGUCCGGGAUGAUCAGGCCUGCAGAGGCUCCAGAAUGAGCAGCACUGCAACUUCCCUGCUAAUGCUCAGGGUCGAAUGUCUGAAAACUCAAAAUUCAACCUCUUCUUUUUUAAUCCUCAGGAGGUAGAUGACGGGAUGGAUGACAAAGAGAGUACGACCAUGUCUAGCUCAGAGACUACCAGUGGCACUUCAGUCACCACCACUACCACUCACAUCUCAAAGGUCAGCAGCACAGCUUCAUUAUUUUCAACAUCAAUGUGUUUUUGUGUUAUUUGCCUUUCAGCUACAUUUACUUCCCUUUAUCAGGUAGUGAAAAGCGGAUCUUCUGAGACUCGUGUGGAGAAGAGGAUCGUCAUAACUGCAGACUCUGACAUGGACCAAGAUAAGGUUUGUGAAAAAUGAAGCCAAAACACAUCCUGCUUUUACAUACUGUUCAAACAACGUAUUUCGAAGCCUACGCAUUUGCAUAAACAAUUUAGCUAGUAGAGCUGUGGGAUUGACGUCACUAUCUGCUAUUCAAAACUGCAAAGAUCCUUUAGGUUGUUAAACACACAAUCAGAACAGAUUGUUGAAUUUUAUUUGAUGUGCUCUCUAAUUUUCUUAUUUGAACCAUGUUUGGUCUGUUCCAUAGAGGCGGGCUUUACGACUUAAACUGCAGUUGGGGGUAGUUCUAUAUGUUAAGUCUUUGCUGUUGUUCCAAGCUAGAGUCUGCCUGCCAGAUUUUACCAAGUAUCCCAAUUUCUACUCACUGUUCUGUGAAUGAUUUAUGUACUUAUUUACUCUAUUUAUGUUCUAUUUUUUGUAAAUAUGUUGGAAACUGGCUGUUUAUUGAGUAGCGGAGAAGGGGUAGGUUUUAAAAAAGCAUAAUGCUUCAUCCUACUCCUUUUCCAACAUGUUGGGUUCACAUUAUUAUUAAUAGUAUUUUUUUUUAUUCUAUUUUGAUUUUUAUUUUGAUGGUUUGAUUAUUAUUAUUGUAGUUUUGAAUAUUCUCAUUGGUUUUGUUUGUUUGUUUUCAGUUUACUUUCUUGUGUUGAAUGUACAUGUUCGAAAAAAUAUAUGAAUACAAUCCAAAAUAAAAAUGCAUCGCAGUAAAAUGUUUUAAUGAAUAAAUUAAAAACGUGAGGGUUUUAUUGAUUUUCUCAUUUACCUCCAAGCAAGAUAAUGUAUUUUUCCCAAAUGUGCAACAAUAUAAGAUCGUUUGAAGACUAAUACAAGUGCAUGUGACAUCUUUGUUGCAGGAGAAAGCUGGAGGAGCAUCAGCAUUGUAA